AUGCAAAAGUGUAUAAUCACAUGCAAUAGAUUAUACAGAUCCAAACAAAUUAUUAUCAUUUCAAGUUUAUUUCAGAAUCUUUUUCCUUCACCUCGUUCUCCUAAUUUAAUCACGCGUAGUAUUCAACAAGCAUCCUCCAAGACGAUAUCAAAUGCUGAUGAUGAAUUAGAUCCUAGAUUUAUAAAUUCAAAAUUUCCUUGUCUCCGUCCCACUCCACUUGAACCUCAUUAUAACAAAUCUCUUAUUGAGGCACUAAAGGUUAUAAGAAAAUCAAGAGAACUUAGUGGUAAUGUUAAAAGUGAAUCAAGUUAUCGUGAUGCAAUAGCAGCUUUAAAAUCAUAUCCACGUGAUAUAAAAAGCGGCAAAGAAGCUAUAAAAAUUGCAUGUAUUGGUGAUAAAAUAAGACAUCAUAUUCAAACAUUUCUUGAAACUGAUAAUAUUCCCGAGGUUGAGGAGACAUUAAAGGAUCCAAAAUUUCAAACAUUGUGUUUAUUUACACAGGUUUAUGGAGUUGGCAGUAAGAAAGCAAAUGAAUGGUAUAAUAAAGGGUAUAGAACAAUAGAUGAUUACAUAGAAGAAAUUAUUGAAAUUUUAGAUAAAGAAAUUAAAGAAAUCGACCCGUUAUACCUUUUAAUACCUGUUGGUGGUUAUCGUAGAGGUAAAGAAAUUAAUGGGGAUUUAGAUUUGCUUGUGUCGUACCCAGAAGGAAAUAUGGAUCCGCAUUCAUUAAAUAAAAUUAUGAGUAAACUUGAUGAUAAAGGUUUAUGUUUUUUUGCAUUUUGGCAACAAAGUAAAAAUAUUUAUCGUCAAGUUGAUAUUGUUAUUGCACCUAAAAGUGACUAUUCUACAGCAUUAUUAGGAUGGACGGGUUCUGCAGUUUUUGAAAAAUCCUUUAGAGAGUAUACAAAGAAGGUAAAAAAAAUGAGAAUUACAUCUCAUGGUCUUUUUACAGAUACUUCACCACGUCAACGUAUCAAUGUUUCAAACGAGAAAGAAAUAUUUGAAAUUUUGGAAAGUAAUCAGCAAUUUAUUGCUAAACUGAAACAGCAAUUGAAACAUUUAAACGAGAAUAAAGAAAAUGUCCCAAAAUGA